AUGACCACUCUGUACCAGCGGAAAUGCUGGAAGGAAAAGCAAGCGCGAGAGGACGCGAAGGCGUUGGCGGUGUUGGAGGAGCAAGCCAGGACGGAGCUGGAGAGAAGGCAGAACCAGGCCGCUACUCAGAUCCAGCGGGUCAUGAAGGAGUACGUGUUGCGGCAGAUCGCCAACAAGAGCAAGAAGGGGAAGAAGGGGAAGGGGGGAGCGAAGGGCAAAGGUGGAAAGAAGGGCAAGAAAUAGUCGGAGUGGGAAGAAAACGAAUCCUCUUGAAGCUGGUAGCAUUUCGUUUUUGCUGUCUUUGGCCGCUCGGCUCACGAUCAUCUGAGCUUCUACGCGACGAACAACAGUAGAGGAAGGAGGUGCCGCCGCCACAAUGGUGAGGGUUAUAAAUCCAGUCGUUUCGAGGGAGUUGCUAGCUUGUGUAAAGCUCGUUUCUUUCCACGUUUCUCUGAUUAAGUUUGUAUCCGAUCGGUUUGUGGUUUGCACAUUGGAGGUCCCCCAAUAUCCCAAGUCUGUCAUCGUGUAGCGAAGAGCGAGAAACGUUUUGGGAGAAGGGUUGGGACGACUUCGACGACCACUUUCCAUGUAUUCGAUUUUACAACGUAUGGUAGGUGAGCCCUUUGUGUACAUAUGCUGAUAUACCUUGAACCAAGUGGCAUGCGAUGUUUGACUGGAGACGCGCGCUUUUUCUGGAUAAAUGAUAGAUUGUUAAUUUUCUCAUUAAGAGGGGUGAUAUGUGUUUUUCCGUCCUUGAUGUGGGCUAGCCGGCAACCACGGGAAAUUGUUUUAAUGAUGAAGCGUGCGGGGAAGGAGAUAUGGAAUAGAGGCCCGGACGUGUUUGUAUAUGAAAAUGCAACAACAUUACCAGACGACGGUGUGUGCUCCUCCGUGAUCAAAGUACUUCACCAUUGUGGGUGUUUUGUUGGCGUUUGGGUUGACGAUGAAAACUCGAAUCAAGUUAACUUUGCCAUCCCAAGCUAGCAGGUGUGUAGGGCACACGGCUAUAUCGCGGUACUUUCACUUUUUAGCAAGGCGGGCACAGGAAUAGGGUACACGCAGAAAUAGUUGCAAAUGGCAAGCGAGCAGCAGUUUGGUCCGCCAGAAGCGUACUUACAAAAUACGGAUAAUGCUACUCAUGUGUCACGCCUAGACGUUGUGGAACUGCUGCACGACUAUGUACCAAAGCCUUCUCAU